UUCCGUAUUUACUACUUUGCGUAAUAGGCAACGGGCGUUGCUUUGGUUUCUGCCGAAAGAUCGCCUUUGCGACUAGAUUUCGGAUACUGUAACACAACACAGCGAAGAUGAGCAAGCAUCCCACACAAGCGCCACCUAGUUAUGACCAAGCCAACUAUGGCUACAGUGAACAUCCAAACACAGGUAUUGGAUUUGCUCCGGUUGAGAUGGGUCAAGGCCAGUAUAACACCGCCUACAGCCAGGGACCAAAUGCCUCCGCAUCGUACCUUACCCGCCACCACCCCAGCCAGCCUUUGUGAGACCGCCGCCUCCAAAUGGAGCCCAAACCUGAAGAAGAUAACACUUUCAGUGAUACAGUUAUGGCAGGCUUUUCAGAUAAAGCUGUUCGGAAGAUCUUUUAUCAAGAAGGUGUAUCUUAUCCUGAUGGCACAGUUGCUGGUCACCCUGGCCUUCAUCUGCCUCUUCAUAUUUGCGGAUCAGAUCAGAGACUGGGUGCAGACUGAUGGCUUCUGGUUUUACUAUGUGUCCUACGGAACAUUUCUGGUGACAUACAUUGUACUGAUUUGCAUUCCAUCUGUCAGGCGUGAUACUCCUGGAAACUACAUCUGUCUUGCUGUAUUUACAUUGGCCUUCUCCUACAUGGUGGCAACAAUAUCGUGUUAUUAUACCACAAACAUUGUCCUGAUCAUGAUCGGUAUCACAGCUCUUGUCUGUCUGUCCAUCUCGCUGUUUGCCAUACAAACAAAGAUUGACUUCACCAUGUGCAGCGGCCUGCUGUUUGUUCUGGUGAUGGUGUUGUUUUUCUUCGGCUGGUCGUGUCUCAUCGUCUUCUACACAGUUGGCUACAGCAGGAUCUUGGACUGUGUCUAUGGAGCUCUUGCAGCCCUUGUCUUUGGCCUGUUUUUGAUCUACGACACCCAGAUGAUAGUCGGCGGCAGGAAGCACGAACUUUCCCCAGAGGAGUACAUCUAUGGCGCUCUGCAACUCUACUUGGACGUCGUCUACCUCUUCCUCAUCCUCCUCUCCCUCUUCGGCAAGAGCAACUAGGACAUCUGAUUCUUCAUCAGAACGCCAUGCCACUUGCCCUACUGACAAGUCAAUAUUCCGUGUCCAGUACAUCUGACACAAUUGUUAGUUCCAACAUUCAGCCACAAUAUGAAAAUAAUCAAUCCACGUUGCUACCAAAAUGCUUGAUUUGUGGUCAGCUGUGAAAUUAACAUUGAUUUCUCUUGAAUCUUCAAGUGAUUACCAUCAUCAACGAUAUGGUAGGUGGUAUAAAAUGUUAUGAUUUUAACUGAUAAUUGUUGAAACUUCUCCCAUGGCCUGCAUUGUAGCACACAAAUAAUUACACCAAUUGUACAUAACUCAUCCUUGCUGAACGAAGCUAGCCAGAUACUAAUGCUAUGUCAGCCAUGGAUGCAAUACCAUCACUGGCAAUAUUUCUCAGGCAGCUUCCUCAGCAAGAUGCAACAGAGUCCCUGAUUACUUAAUUUGUACGAUGAAUACACGAUGCCAUUUUGAAGCGGCCGAUGAAGCAUCUGCUAUGUAUCGGAUUACACUUCUCCAGUAGAGUACAGAUUCUAGUAUCUUCAUUUGGUUGGGUCAAACUGAGAUUCGGACACACAAUCAGCAUCAAGCUGCUGUUUAUAAUUAGAAACAGCAUGUAUGAGUGAGUGAUUUAACAUUUAAAAUCACAUCAGCAUUAUUUCAGCCAUAUCGGGACUACACAAGUUAUCUAUUAAUAAAGGCCAACUUUAUAAAUAAAUACCUGUCAAUUAAAGACUAUAAGAUCAUUAGAUUUCACCGAAUUUCUCUUAAAACUAGUACAUAACUGUAAAAAUAUAUUACUAUAAACAACAAUUCAAUGUAAAAACAGGCUAUAGAUCGCCAGCAACUGAAGGUAGAUCACCGUGCUAGAGACCAUGGGGACUUACAAUGCUUUUGCUACCUGCAUGGACUCUAUCUGGAUUUAUGCUAUCCCUUCAGCUGUUAGCCAUUUAUCUAAAACUGACAUAUAUACUGCGAUUAUAUAUGGUAUGCAUAACUAUUCUUUGAAUGAUGUGGGUUUGCAUACCCUCUCAGGGAGAAGCAGCAUGGAUUUGUUGCUGGUAUUGAAAGAAAAGAAAAAGUGGACUGUGUGAAGUUUGUUAUAUAAAAUCAUUCUCUCCAAAAUUCACAUAAGAAAAACAAUUUGUAUUCCCCACCCUACAGCCAAACUGAAAAAAUAUCUCUGUGUUUGUUUACGUUAAACAUUAAGGACUCUACUUACGUGCAUCUAUUGGUGGAUGUGGCUCAAAUUAUGUCCUUAUUUCUGUCUGUAGCCUAUUGGCUAAAGGUGUUGAGUGUUCUGUGUGAACCAACAAUGGGAUGAGUUUUUGAUUUGUUAAGGUGUUAGAAUAGACAGUGUUUUUGAUAAAAAGUCCAGUGUCAUUGGGAAUUGAUAUUGUGCACAGUUGGAAAUAAAUUGUUGUUUUUGCUCAGGCCAUUCAUAUUUUGUAAAUGUUUCUCAUCUCCAAGUUCGACCAUUAAUAGAGUGGAUGGAAGAAAAAAUAUAAGAUAAGACAGUGGAAAUAAUGUUUUUCACUAAUUGUGUUCUGAUUUUAUGGCAUAUAAUUUAGAUCACUUUGUUACAGCCUUUAAAAUAAUUUGUGAUGAAGACCAAUGCUUAGGUAAGAAUUUAUAAAUAAAUGUAGAUGAAGAAAGAUGAACCUGGCCUUGAUUUUGAUGAGUGUGCAAAGGAAGAGUAUGGCAUAUAUAUUUUUUUUAAUCAUGGUAUAAAUUUCCUUAACGGCAGGGAAAGCUGAGAUAGAAACUAAUCUUAAUCUGGAAAUGUUCUGAUGUAGAUUUGAUGCCAUAGCCGUGGAUGUCCACGAUGAAAUAGCACAAGUCCUUCUGGUGCGAUACAACCAUGACAUACAUCGGAGACAACCUUGAUGAUGGCUCUGACUUGUAUCUUACAGUGUGGUCAAGAUUGGAGUCAUUGCAUUACUCAGUAUUAGAUUCCAUUGCAGAAGUUCAGGAGACAGUUCAGUGAUUGAGGUUUGAGUUGAGAUGCUGUCUUUGUCCGUCUUUUCUGAAACAUUUCACAUACACUAAUGUAUGUAUUUAUUUCUAAAAGUCUUCAUUGAAAAUUGCAUGUGCCAAAAACAUAGCUCCCUUGUUAUAUGUUCAGUGAAUGAUACAACUUCUGUAUUACUGGUUAACGUUAUAUUGACAGAAGAAAAACUUGUUGAGUUGGUUUCAUUGUGACAAUAAAAGGAUUUUAUGACAAUAGAAGGAUUCAUCACAUGAAACUAGAUGACAAUUUGUUAUGACAAUAGAAGGGUUCUCUUUAUCACAUGAAACUUGAUGACAAUUUGUUAUGACAAUAGAAGGGUUCUCUUCAUCACAUGAAACU